ACACAAUGAUCCUACCCACUUCCAACCACUUCAACAAAGUACAGUCACUCCUUCCUCUCUGAACGAGCUGCGGCGAGCAUUUCUCAUCAAACAAUAAUUGGCGUAAUAAAAUCACGUGGGAGGGGUUUCCCUUUUAUUUUCGGUGUCUAAAUUUAGACGAGGCAAUCCUUGUCCUGUUCACACAACGGAAAGGACCCCAUGGACUGUGUCCGGGACGGUGUGUGGAUCAACAUUCAGGCGUGGUGUGCCCAAGCUAUAGGGUCUGUUCUUGUGUGUACGUGAAUGUGUUACUGGCUUUCGGUUUUCGUUUAAUCGGAUUGGGGAGUUCUCGUAAACCAGCAGACCUUUUCAUUUUCGGGUGGCCCGAUUCAGCAAAGAACAGGCAACAGGGAACAGGACAUAACAUCGGAAGAGAUUGGAUUUUAUUCUUUGCUUCGAUGCCCAAAGGAUUGGACCAACGUGAACACCUACUGUAAGAUAGCACCUUGUCCAGAUUUACUGACUGUUUAGCAUCAUGAGAUGAUUGGCGCAUGUUAUAAACAUUUUGGUUCUGGUAUUGCAAAGGGAAUAUGGUCAUUUGAUUCAUUCUUACAAACGGAUAACAAAUUGUGCUAUAUGAUAGCGAAUGGAUAAUGAAAAUUCGACUUUCGUAAGCGGAUAUGGCUAUUUGAUUCGUAUGAACGGAUGACAAGUAUUUGAUUCCAUUGGACGGAUACCAAUUGUUUGAUUAUUUUAAAAGUGUUUGAUUCUUUUACACGGAUAGCAGCUACUUGUUUUAAGCAGCAGACGUUGUGAUGCUUUCUAAAGUGAACAGAAAUCCCUUAUUUUAGCAGCAGUUGGAAAAGCAAAAACGAUAACAUCGAUCACAACAGCAACAAAUUAUACAAGAACAACUGCUUAUAGCAAGAACAAAAGCAUCAUCAACUCACAAAAAAUAUUUUUACCAAUUCCAAAAAAAAAACCCCAAUGCUGAGAGGAUUUUACGUUCCCCUCAAGAUGGUGAAAUUCAAAAUGAAGCUGUCACAAUGACUGUCUGUGCCCCCCAACUGAAACGUCACCCUUGACUACCUGCUAGUCUUACGACUAAAACAAUUGAUGUGAUAGAAAAGUGCAGUAAAACGAGGAGAAAAAAAGCGCCAAUUGUUUUCUGAAAAUUACGAUUAGAUAUCUAGAUCUAGAUAUAUUUGAAGCAAAUGUAUAAAUAUAUUUUAGACAGACAUAAUUUUCUUACAUUGUUAACUGUGUCGAAAGUAGUGUAGCAGUUCGCCCCUGACCACACUGAAGACAGAAAAGCUUUGUUUUCAAAUUCUACAACACCUAAUUGUGUUGAAUGGGGCGUAAUAUAGGACAUUCCUAACCGCGCUGAAGACAGAGAGUUUUAAUUUUGUUGUUGUUGCUGUUUUGGGGGUUCCUUUUUAUUUUAUAUUUCAUUUUACCUAAUUGUGUUGAAAGGGCGUGCGUAUCAGUACGUGCCUAACCGCGCUAAAGACAGGAGGUUCAGAAUGAUACUGAAAGGCAUGCCUUUCGACACAGUGUCCUACGAUUUCGUAAACUCAGGAGAUAACUCUUCCAGCGGGAGGUCGGAGCCAGUCUGGAACGUCACAGUCCUCACACAGCUCAACGACGACAUCUUUCGUCGCCUCAUCCCAGCCAUCGUAGUGCUGGUGGCCAUGAUGGUUUUGGGCGUGGCCGGAAAUGUCGUCAUCGUCUACAUUUUCAUCCGCAAGAUGCGCAAGAGCAGCCAGAAUCUCUUGCUUCUCUCCCUUGGUGUGUUUGACUUAGUGUCCAGCUGUGUGGGCGUGCCCUCGGAGAUCUACGACAUGAGAAAUUACUACUUCUAUCAGUCCAGUCAAGCCUGCAAGGCCAUGAGGUUCCUUACAACUCUUCCCUUACUGGCUUCCAUCCUAGUUCUUCUCGUCAUCGCCGUCGACAGAUACCGGAAGAUCUGCAAGCCUCUCCACCACCAGAUCCAUCUCGCUCACGCCCGCAUCGCCAUUUUCAUCGUCAUCGUCGUCGCCCUCAUUUUCUCCGUCCCCGCGCUGUUCCUGUACGGACACCGCACGUUCCCCACGCCCACAGCAGGGGUCAUGGGUCACGACUGCUCCGUGGAUGACGCCUACAGGAACAGCGUGCUGCCCAUCGUCUACGAAGGCGUGUUCGCCGCGGCUUUCGUCCUCUGCACCCUUGUGCUGGUGUCUCUGUACCUCCGUAUAUGGAUGGAGACGCGGAGACAUAGAAAGUACAUGAAAACGCACGCGUCCAUGGGUCGGAUCAAGCUAGAUGAGUUUAUCGGUUCUUCUGUUUGCCUCGAAUCUUCGACGGACCCGACUCCAGAGGUUCAUACGUUGACGUCUCAGGCUAGUUUGAGUAGUAAGUCGCCCGCGUCCUCGUUGAGGUCGCUGAAGAAAAGGUGGCGAUCCGGGCGCUACAAUGCCAAACUGCGACACACGCAGGUAGACCAGAGGGUGGAACCGGAGACCACAGAGCCUCUGCCAGUGAAAAACGUGGCUCUUGAGAACGGAGGUCAUGGAGACGGGAGAAAUGAUCCUUUAGUUGACACUGGAACACACGAACCUGUGUCUGACGUAGUGAACACGAAUUCUUCUCCCUUCAUGAAUCGACGUCAGUCUGCUGUGACCUUUGAAUUAAGUCCCUAUCCAACGGAGAGCCUCGAUUCCACGACUGAAGACUUCGAUUCUCAAAAUGAGAUUCGAGAAUUUCAAACGGUGGAUCUCGAUUCCCAGGCUGACAAUUUCGAUUCCUCUGGUGAAAACCUGGAUUCUUCUGUUAAGAUACUCAAUUCAAAAUCCGGUGAUCUCGAUUGCAGUAAGGAGAUCCUCGAUUCACGUUCCAAUAACUUCGAUUCCAGUGGCGAAAACGUCGAAUCCAGUGCCGAGAACUUCGAUUCCAAAACUGAAAAUCUCGACGCCAAAGCCGACCACCAAGAUUCUCAGAUCGACAUCGUUAAUUUCCCGAGCGACGACUCCAAAUCGAAGGAGGCACUACCGUCUACGGACGAGGAAACUGAGCUUUCUUCCAAGAAGGAAAAUCUCAACGGUAUUACGUCCACAGCCAAUCUUGAGAACACCACCACACCGGCACGCGAAUCCCAGGAGAGUCCAGAAAAAGACUCCGCUGCCAUUCAAAAUCAGCGAAUACAAUUACGAAAACCUGAGGUGUUGAGGAAGCCUGGUAGACUCCUUAAAACGAAGUCCUCACAGUCACUAUACUACGCCGCCCGAGUGAAGAAAGCUUUACGCGCGACCAGAAUGACAGUCAUCGCUUGUGUUAUAACCAUUGGAUUUAUCCUGAGUUACCUCCCUCACCUCAUCCUCAUCAUUCUGAGGUCGGUUAUCGUCGACUUUGAACACAAUUUCAAUGACGCAUCCCUCGUCCUCUACAACAUAUUCCUUCGUUCUUACUUCGUGAACACCGUUCUCAAUAUUUUUGUCUACGGUUCGAUGAACCUCGAGUUUCGCUCGGCUCUUGUCUGUGUUUGGAAAAAGAUCAAGUCGCCAUUUGUAAGAGACAGUUCACAGUCCGAGUGUUGAGGAAGGUGGGGGUUGGGGUUGGGGUUGGGGUUGGGGAGAUCUUUUAUCAUGUGUUUUAUUGAUUCUCCUGUUUCAUUUUCAAAUGUGGAGGGUCCAUGUGAAUGUGUUUGUAUGUGCGAGUGUGUGUGUGUGUGUGUGUGUGUGUGUGUGUGUGUGUGUGUAUGUGUGUGUGUGUGUGUGUGUGUGUGCGCCUGUGUGUGUGAGAGUAUAUGCAUUUGAAUGUUUUAAUGUGCCUGUCAUUUCAUGUAUAAGUGUUAAAGUGUGUUUGUGUUUGAAUGAGUGUGUAAAAUACCCAUAAAGUCAAUGACUAAUAUAACAAAAACAGCCCUGAAGACUCAUUUAAAAGAAUCGCAAACCAUUCAUGAGAUUAUUACAUAAUGUAAGUAGUAUUUCACUAUACUUGUGUAUGUGUGCAUUUAAUAACGCUAACCCCCACUGAUAGGUCCAAUUCUUCUAAUUUUAAUGUCACAGUUUUUUUGUUGUUGUUGCUUUUUUUCACGUACUAAAUGACCUUCAUUUGGGCCAAUGCUCUGCUCUUUACUCAAAUUAAUACUAAAAGAACCCACCACCCUCCCAAAAAAAAA